CCAGCUGAGCAGCGCCUGCACAACCUCACCUGCUUGUGCCAGGAUGCCCGACACCAUGCUGCCCGUCUGCUUCCUCGGCCUGCUGGCCUUCACCUCGGCUUGCUACUUCCAGAACUGCCCACGGGGUGGCAAGAGGGCCAUGUCUGACAUGGAGCUGAGACAGUGCCUGCCCUGCGGCCCCGGGGGCAAGGGCCGCUGCUUCGGGCCCAGCAUCUGCUGCGGGGACGAGCUGGGCUGCUUCGUGGGCACGGCCGAGGCGCUGCGCUGCCAGGAGGAGAGCUACCUGCCGUCGCCCUGCCAGUCCGGCCAGAAGCCGUGCGGGAGCGGCGGCCGCUGCGCAGCCGCGGGCCUCUGCUGCAACGACGAGCCCUUUGGCCUCCUCAGUGCUCCCUUGGCUUUCACCUUUGACCCCUGCAGAGACUGCCUCUGCAGUGGCAGUGCAGAGAGGGACCAGGUGGAUCUAGAUCAGUCAAGUCCUUCCUCUGAGAUGUUGCUACAUCUGCCUACCCCCACCCUGCUCUCUGUCUCUGGACAUCUUUGUAUUCCUUCCCUCCUCCCUGGAGUCCCCUGA